AUGCGAACUGAUUUUACAAAGAUAAGGAAACACGAUGACGUUUUCUUGCGAGGGGUUAAUUUAAAUACCGUUUCCCCUCGGUCUCUCUCACUCUCAUCUUCGCACUCUUUCUCUCUCUCUCUCUCUCUCUCUCUCUCUCUCUCUUUCUUUCUCUGUCUGUCUAUCUAUCUAUCUAUCUAUAUCUACCUCACGAUCUACGUCUCUCUCUCCUCUUUUUUAUGUUUUGUUUCUCAUUUUCCUUUUUUGUUCUUUCUCUUUCUCUCGGUCUGUCUUUAUCUUUCUCUCUCACUCUCUCUUUCUCUCUCUCUUUCUCUCUCUCUCUUUCUUUAUUCUAUUUCUUUUUCUGUUCUUCUCUAUUUUUAUCUCUCCGUUUUCGUCUCUGCCUUCCUUACUACCUCUUUUACUUCCUCUCUCUCCCUGUUUCCCCCCUCCCUCUCUCUCUCUCUCUAUCUAUCUAUCUAUCUAUCUAUCUAUCUAUCUAUCUAUCUCGCCAUUUUUCUCUGUCCAUCACUCUAUCCGUUGGUCAUUCCACUUUAUCCAACCCGUUCUUCCUUUCUCUGUACCCACAUCGAUUUUUAUCUACCGUUUCUAUCUUUGCCUUUCUAUCAAUCCCCUUCUUCCUCCCUUUAA